UUGCAGCGGUUCGGCAUCUUAGAAAAUGGUGUCCUUCGUCCAACUUGGGAUUGCACUGGUGGUAGUUUCCACGGCAUAUGCACAGAGGCCAUGUAGAUCUUUUCCAGUGGACACCUGUGCGCCCCCUUUCACCUGUGUCCGUGGACGUUGUACAUUCAGUAGUGAACCCCAGUAUUGCCAGGUUAACAGCGACUGUCCCGGUAGACAAAUUUGUAUCCGACAACAGUGUGUGCUACAGGAUAGAUGCAGAACAAGCAGAGACUGUCCAUUUGGAUUAGUUUGUCGAGAUAGACAAUGCGUGAGACAGGGUGGCCAAGAUUGUCUAUUUACCGGAUGUCCUCCUGGAUUAACGUGUGACAGGCAAACAAGACAAUGUGUCCGAGACAUUUGCAGAGUCAACAGAGACUGUCCACUUGGAUAUAUUUGCCAACGAGGACAAUGUGUACAGGGUGGCCAAGAUUGUCGAUUUACCGGAUGUCCUCCUGGAUUAACGUGUGACAGGCAAACAAGACAAUGUGUCCCAGGUGGCCAAGAUUGUCGAUUUACCGGAUGUCCUCCUGGAUUAACGUGUGACAGGCAAACAAGACAAUGUGUCCCAGAGUUUGAAGAUUGCCGAAUCAGCGGAUGUCGACCUGGGUACAGAUGCGACAGAAUAAGUGGAGAGUGUUACAGGGACGUCAUAAGCUGUUCACAGGGUCGUCCUUGUCCUUUCGGACAAUACUGUGAUAGACAGAACAUUUGCCGCCCUUACUUUUCCGCAAGCGGAAGUGGCGCUGCCGGUGGAUCUGGCCCCGCACCUUCUGCAGCCCAGAACAGCAAUAACGGAAAUAAUGAAAUGUAAAGGAAGAUUGCAAUGUAUGAUGUUGAAAUAAAUUUGGGUUAGGAUUU